AAGAAAGUAAUAAAGAUAGCUUUUUAGCCUCUCUUGAUCAUGAAUCUGUGGCUUCUUCCGAUUAUCAAUCAGCCAAUGUUAUUAAACGUGGUGGAUCUCAGUCUACUAGCAAAGUUUGGAAAUACUUUGAUAAAGAUGAUACUUCCGGAUAUGGUAUUUGUUGUGUUAAAGUUGUUGGAAAAGAUAGUACACAACCAUGCAGUAAAAAGAUACGUUAUUCAGGUUCUACUGGAAAUUAUUGGUACCACUUAAGAACUGCACAUGGAAUUUUUAAUACUGACGGUGAUGAUUUAACAAUUCUAACUGAUGAAGGUUUUACUGAGCUAAUAGCAGAGGCAUUUCCAUUUUACAAAUUACCCUCAGAAAAGAUGGUUAAAUCAAUAUUGUUAGAAUCUUAUAAUUAUGUUAAACAAACUAUAAAUCUUAAUAUUUCAAAAAAUUUGGCAAAAACUGGGUUAAUGGCAACAUUAUUAGAUCCACGAAGCAAAUCUUUAUCAUUUAUAUCACCAUAUGAUGCACAAAAAGCAUUUGACAAUUUGCAUAUAUUAUAUAAUAACUCAAGUACUAAUACAUCUGCUAUGCAGUUUCAAGAAAAUUCUAAUGAUUCACUGCUUGCACGUAU